GAUGGUCCACAAAGUUCUUACCUCUCUUCUGCUGAUUCUAUCGGCACUUUCCACUUUCCAUCUGGUGGCGAGCCACACCAGGAAUUUCUACACUUUGGAUUCAAAUCAAUUGGCAUUCAGCAGGAGUAUCAACCAUCCCAAUGGAAAUAUUACCCAGCGCUUUACUCCUUUGAGUAGAUCGAAGCGAGUGGCCAUUUGGAAUGGUCAGGGCGUUGCCAAGUUUGUGCCUAGCUUGGCGUAUCCUAUAAAGCAAUCGGACAAGCAACAGUCCUUCUGGUGGUUCGUCAACGUCCAGGGCCAAUGGAUUCCCACCACAGUUCCGCUUUACUGGUGGAGCUUCUGGAACACCACUGCCUUUGUGUCCACUGCUCGUGAGUGGCGCAAGGAUAUGCAGUCGAAGGUGUUGUACGACGAUGCCCGAACCUGGGUCUAUAAUGCCAUCGAAGUGGGAAUGGAGCAGUUCGACAAUGAAUUCGGCGGAGUGUGCCUGCUGAGGAGCAUUUGCGAAAUAUCGCAGAAACCCUUUCAGAACAACAACAUCUUCAGCGAGAUCAUAAACUCGGUGCUUGUACCGAGCUUGGAUAACGUGGCCGGGAAGUAUCUGCACGCCCGGGAUGCGGGACGCGGUGGAGCGGACUGCGAGCGGACCUACAGCGACUGCAGUCCGCUGCUCUGGACCCUCGUGACGAACAUGGCCAAGAAUCCGUUUUGA